CAGAAGCAAUUUUGUGUUUAAAUUUGUUCAACCUAGUAUGUGUAGAUAUCGGAUUGGAUAUGGUUUGACUUCACUCAACACCCAAAACCUAUGUUUUUCGAUUACUCUCGAUCACUUUGACUCGACUUCUGGUGCGACCUUGCUCACCCAUAGCGCAGGGCUAGGUCGAUUUCUUCCUUGUUUUCACAUUUUAAGGUUUCAUGAAAUGGUAGUCACUCUGUAUCCGACAUUGUUAACUCGAUUCGCCUUGCAGUUCCCUCUUUCAUUUCCCAUUCUUCAUAAGAAAACUCAACUUCAAAAACUUUGCCGGAACAUCCAAUUGGCCCGCAAAUGCGGCACGCUCUACUCUAAUGCACGACUGCUUUCCACUGCCAACGCUUUGAGCUCCCAAGAGCCAUAUAGCUAUGGUGAAGUGGGUAAUGAGAGAUAUGAUGUCAUUGUUGUUGGAGGUGGUCACGCUGGUUGCGAAGCAGCUCUGGCUUCGGCUAGACUGGGGGCAAAAACACUGCUUCUUACACUUAACAUUGACCGCAUUGCAUGGCAGCCUUGUAACCCAGCUGUUGGUGGGCCUGCAAAGUCUCAGCUGGUACAUGAAGUUGAUGCACUUGGCGGUGAAAUUGGAAAGGUGGCGGAUAGAUGCUAUCUGCAGAAACGCAUCCUCAACGUCUCCAGAGGCCCUACUGUUUGGGCAUUGCGUGCACAAACUGAUAAGAGGGAGUAUGCUUUGGAAAUGAAAAAGGUUGUAGAAAGCACCCCGAACCUCUUUAUAAGAGAGGCAAUGGUUGUAGAUAUUUUGCUUGGGAAUAAUGACAAUGUAGAAGGGGUAAGCACAUUUUUUGGGAUGAACUUCUAUGCACCAUCUGUGGUUCUAACUACUGGAACAUUUAUGAGUGGACAAAUAUGGGUUGGUAGAACUUCAAUGCCUGCAGGUAGAGCUGGUGAAUCAGCUUCGCAAGGAUUGACUGAAAAUUUACAACGUCUUGGGUUUGAGACCGACCGACUGAAAACUGGUACCCCUGCACGCGUAGACUGCCGAACAAUAGACUUCUCCAAAUUAGAGCCUCAACAUGGAGAUGAAGAGGUCAGCUGGUUCAGUUUUGAUCCUGAUUUCCACAUAGAGAGGGAGCAGAUGUGUUGCCAUCUUACGCGUACCACAAAGAAAACUCAUCAGCUUAUCAAGGAUAAUUUGCAUGAAACCCCCACUUAUGGAGGAUGGGUCAAGGCCAAGGGGCCUCGAUACUGCCCUUCCAUCGAGGACAAAAUUGUAAGAUUUCAAGAUAAAGAAUCCCAUCAGAUAUUCCUUGAGCCAGAGGGAAGGAGUAUCCCUGAGGUCUAUGUGCAGGGAUUUUCUACAGGUUUACCUGAAAGACUGCAGUUGCCACUAUUACGAACACUACCUGGACUUGAGAACUGUACAAUGCUGCGGCCUGCUUAUGCCGUAGAAUAUGACUACUUGCCUGCUUAUCAGUGUUUCAGGUCUCUAAUGACCAAAAAAAUACAAGGACUGUUUUUCUCUGGCCAAAUAAAUGGGACAACUGGUUAUGAAGAAGCUGCUGCACAGGGAAUUAUUUCCGGGAUUAAUGCUGCUAGACAUUCAGAUGGAAAAUCCCUUAUUGUUCUAGAGAGGGAAAGCAGUUACAUAGGGACAUUGAUUGAUGAUCUGGUCACUAAAGAUCUCCGAGAGCCUUACCGCAUGUUGACAAGUCGCUCAGAACAUCGUUUGCUUCUUCGCUCCGAUAAUGCUGAUAGCAGACUGACCCCUGUUGGGCGUGAAAUUGGGUUGAUAAAUGAUAGACGAUGGGCGAUUUAUGAGCACAAGCAAACUCAAAUAUUAGAAGAGAAGAAGAGAUUGAAGACAGUCCGAGUUUCAGGUGGAGAUUUGGCUGCUGAAGUUGAAGUUAUUGCGGGUCAGUCGGUUAAGAAUUCGUCAACAUUGGAGAGCCUCCUUAAGAAACCACACGUGCAGUAUAAAGUCUUUGAUAAGCAUGGGUAUGGAAAUCAAAGCCUAUCCAGAGCCGAGAAACUCUGCGUAGAGAUUGACAUCAAAUAUGAAGGCUUCAUUGCUCGCCAGCAUCUCCAACUUCAACAGAUGGUUCACCAACAGCAUAAACAGAUCCCUGAGAACAUCGAUUAUCAUGCUAUGACCACUUUAUCACUUGAAGCACGCGAGAAACUCUCAAAGGUCAGGCCCCAAACGAUUGGGCAGGCGAGUAGGGUAGGUGGAGUGAAUCCUGCUGACAUUACAGCACUUCUUAUCAUUCUUGAAACUAAGAAAAGGAAAGCCAGGGAACAGGCGAGGAAACAAGGGGCUCCUUCUCCUGUUUGCAUCAGUGAUGCAGGUGGCGAAGUCUCCGACAACCCUCUUGAAGAAGCCGUGCGCACAUGAGAUCCACUAACAGGCAAUGCUAGUUCAUCCAUCUGUCCCAUAGCGUUGUUUCACAGUAGUAGAACUUUUAAAUUUGAGUUGUGUACAAUUAGUAGAAAUUAUCAAGGCAAGUUACAUUUCAUUUUUUUCAAUGCACACACAUUCAUUAAUAAAAAUAUAUCUUUGGAAUCAAUGAGUACUAUUCUU